AAGAAAGCUGAUCCAUCCAACAAAAAUUCAACCCGUGCAGAGGAAUCUGACCUAAAGUCCAUUUUGACUGAUUCAUGGCCGACCUUCCUCCUGAAAAGAGGUCUGAAGGCUAGUGAAUGGUCCAAAGAAAAGGAGGAAGCGACCCGAGUUGCAUCCAGGAACAGCCAGGAAGAUGGUCGAGAGGGGAAGAGCAGCCACCCGUCAUACGACUCUCCUCGAGACCGCACUAUACCCUUGCGUUCUUCUCCAAGACACAUUGUAUCUCCAGACGCAAAUCUGACAAUGCUAGUGCAUUGCAGUCCACAAAAGGCGCUGGUCCAUUGA